CCGCCUCGUUCGCCGCUGGAAGUGUAUUCAGUCAGUGGCACUGCUGCGGCACAACAGGACGUGCACGCAGGGAAAUGGUCUAAGGUGUUAACAUACGUGGCGAACGGUAAACAACCCUGACGAAGAGACGCAUCGCUGCCGCUCUCCCGAAUCGGGCUACGCCGGGGCCAAGACAUGUAUUAAGAUCAACGGGGAUCGCGACCUGUCACGCCCAAGGAACAUCUAUGGGCCGUAAACGGUGGUGGCGAGGGGGCUCGGAGCUGCUGGUGCUCUUUAUCCUCCAUCACGUUAUUCUGGGCGAUGGUGAUGUCGGGUGCCUAUUCAACAAAAGCCUCUGCAACCCCCGGACGGAAACUUGUUACAAUGAUUUGGCAUUCGGAAAAUGUUUAUCGUUGUACACUGACUUGAGCGAGGAGGACUAUUACCAGUAUGACUUCAAUAUCGACGAACUGGAACUGCUAAGGCUACAGCUGGAGAGGCUUCAAAUCGACGGUUACAAAUGGUCGCAUCCCUACACGCAAUGCAUCAUGCAAACAUCUUUGUAUAACUUGCGUCACGGAGAAAAUUAUGAUCUUCGACUGUGUCAACAUCUGAAGCAACGCAUGCGUUUCGAGGAUGAUGAUAUGCUCGAUCAGACCAGAGUACCCACAAUAGCCAUAGUAAAAUUCACGCCCAAUAACGGUAAUACCGUAACCCAGUACGCAAAUGAGAUAUACUAUCCCCCUGGAACACGGGAAGAGUAUAUUACAGGAACGUCCUACAAUGACGAAUUUCCGAGAUCAUCGUACAAAGAAGAAAAUAGAGAAUUCCCUCGCUUUUACGAGCCAAGAUACGCUUCGAAUCCUUACAAGAAAUACGAGACCCCAAAUAACGAGGAAAAUUACGAUGAUCGUCAAGACACGAUCGGCAACAAACCUUUGGUCUACGAUGGGAUCAACGAAAGAUUGUACCGGACCAGGCGGCAACCGUACAAUUUACGAGAUUACAAUGAAAACGCGAUCGAAUCAAUAAAAUAUGCUUUGGACAGAGAGGUGAAGCCAAAAUUCGAUGAACAACCGGAUCCGAGCACCGUGGACACUUUACCCGUCGCAGAACUAGAAUUUUUGAUAAACGACAAAUCUCCUGACGACUACUUCAAUAAGAAGCAAGCGAAAAACGAUGCGGACGUUAUGUAUGAGAAAACGUUCUCUAGAAAAUAUAAGCAUCCCAGGAAAUUUUCACGGUUUUCGAAUAAUGAUGAAUUCUUCCUGGAAAAUGUGAAACGUAACUCAAAAAACAAUGACUAUAACAGCGACGAUUAUGAUGAUAUUAACGAAGAGAUUGAGUUACCUCAGAAAGACACCGCUUCAUUGGAUAAUGCUGUGUACACAGAGGGUGGCCCUAUCCAAACUGCAAAUGAUAAAUCGGAUUCAGAUACAAAUGAAAACGCUUAUGAUAAUCUGUUGAACAACGAUUUCAAGGAGUUCCUUUUAAGGCGGGAGUUAGCCGGCUUCAAAAGGCGAGAACGUUUGGACGUGAAGAAACCAGGACCACCCUUCUCGACGAAUAAUUAUGCACUUAAAAAUCAGUCGCCCUCAAAUGAGGAGAAAGAAAGUGACUUUGACUCGAGCGAAGCGGAAGAAAAUAAUGAUGUAUUGCUUGCACCCUUUGUGAAAAAAGAAGUGGGGACUGAACACUUGGAAGGUUCUUCAAAAUCUUAUCAUAAUGUUGAUCUAGAUCACGUAUACGUAGAAGUCCAACAACCCUUUCAUAGAUGGUCAGAAGGCGAACACGUUGUCAAGGAGGUAGGCAAACUGUUGGAAUUGACACCGGGAACUUUAAAAGAUAUUCGAGUCGGUCGCGCAGAAGUCACAUUCAGGGUAGUGAAGAACAAUAAAAAUUACAAUGCUACAGAUGUCGCUAACAAAAUAGAUGAUAUACGCGGCAAGUUAAAAGACACUCUGGGUGUUGAGGUGAUACGUGCAGGCAUAGGUGACAAGACCAAACUCCCUGCGACAUUAGAAGUAUCCCAGGUACCUGGAAUGAACUCAAAUGUCUUUGGUGCCCUAGUGGCUGCAGGAGUUGCAGCUGCCGGUGCGGCCGCAAUAGUAACACUGCUAAUUGCACGUCGGCAUGCUAAAUCUCGUGCUAAGUUAGCAGGAUUAGCUACUCCUGAUCCAGAAGCAUCAAAGGACUAUCAGGAUUUGUGUAGAGCACGGAUGCAGGCUAAGCAACCAUCCGAAAAACCGGAGUCACCUCGUAUAACUAACUUGAGUCGUGAGAGCGAAUCAAAUAAUGUACCAUCGAAUCGCUCAAGUACAUCUUCAUGGGGUGACGAACCAGCACCUUCUAAUAUGGAUAUAUCAACUGGACAGAUGGUUCUUAGUUACAUGGAAGACCAUCUAAAAAAUAAAGACCGUUUAGAUCAAGAAUGGACAGCGUUAUGCGCGUACGAAGCUGAUCCUUGCUCGACUGAAGUCGCUGAAAGCGAGGCAAAUGCUAACCGCAAUCGUCCCGGCGCGCCCCUGCCUUAUGAUCACUCCAGGGUGAUAUUAAAUGAUCUUGCUAACGCCAAUAACUCUGACUAUAUAAACGCUUCCACCAUUACGGAUCAUGAUCCACGAAACCCAGCUUACAUUGCCACCCAAGGUCCUCUGCCCCAUACAACAGCCGACUUUUGGCAAUUAAUUUGGGAACAAGGCAGUGUGGUGAUAGUAAUGUUAACUAGGCUAACCGAAGAAGGUGUUGCUAUGUGUCAUCGCUAUUGGCCCGAGGAAGGAUCUGAACUGUAUCACAUAUAUGAAGUACACCUUGUAUCCGAGCAUUUCUGGUGCGAUGAUUACUUGGUGCGCUCUUUCUAUUUAAAGAAUUUACGCACCGGCGAGACUAGAACCGUAACCCAGUUCCAUUUCUUGUCCUGGCCUGAAAAUGGCGUCCCAUACUCUACUAAGGCUCUUCUGGAAUUUCGUCGAAAAAUCAACAAAUCGUACAAAGGCAGAUCAUGUCCCAUAAUUGUACACUGCAGUGAUGGUGUUGGUCGUACUGGUACAUACUGUUUGAUCGAUAUGGUUUUAAACCGCAUGAUGAAAGGAGCCAAAGAAAUUGAUAUUGCAGCUACCCUAGAACAUAUUAGAGAUCAAAGGGCCGACAUGGUUGCAACGAAACCACAGUUUAAGUUUGUGCUCAUGGCGGUGGCAGAAGAAGUACAUGCUAUUCUAAAGGCUUUACCGGCACUUCCUGCAGAGAAAUCUCUUACAGGAAACAACUCUUCUACAAAAGAGAGCCAGUGAGAUUUGAACCCGAUUCCACAAUUGCAGUUCCGGCGAGCAAAGGCAAAGUAUUAAUUACAGUCUAUAUCAAAGAAAGAAAAUGGCCAAAUGUUUCUAGUCAAUCAUCUACAAGUCUAGAAUCACUGUUAAUCUUUCAUUUCUGUAAGAUACUUCUUAAAGAUGCUCCUGACAUUUUGCAGAACCACACUGAUCUGACGAUAAGUUCCCGAGAAAGAUUUUUUUUUUAAAUUAUUAAGUGUUAGUAAUUAUACAUUUAAUUGAAAAGUUUUGCUGAUCACAGAAGGCGAUGAAAAUAAUGUGUACAAACCAUAUUGUCAAACGAAUAUUUCAGAGAGCAGUGUCAAUCUGUAAAAUUUAUUAUGAGUCUCAUUUUACUACGGCCUACUUGAAUACUUAGGUACAAGCAUAUGGAUUCGAAAGACUGAGCUAUGCAGCUGUUGGAAUUCUAAAUAUUGGCUAAUAAUGGAAUCAUUUGUACUAUGUAUGCUUGUAAAAUUCGUGUAAUCAAGUUCUAAAACAAAUUCUGAAAUAACUUUCUUACGAAAAUGAACGCUUAUCAUACAUUAUGUAGCUCAGUCUUUAGAUAGUUUCUUUUAUUUUUUUUCAAUGAAAUUUCAAUGAGAGUACUGUUUAAGUGAAAUUAAAGUUGUGUUGCUUCCUCUUAUAGAUAACUUCACUAACGUGCUUUACAGUAGCUUUAAACAGAGUAUUAAAAUAUAUUGCAAAACAAUUAACAUAUCUAGUUCUAUCUGCUGAGUCAAUUCUAUCCAGCAUACAGGGCGUGAAAGUUCACAUUUAUUAAGUUGAAUGUUUUACAUUGAGCGUCUUUUUAAAGUUCGGUAUUUUGUUUCUUGAAAAGCUUCAUUCUUUAUACGGGUCUUAACAACUUUGUUAAAAAUAUUGAUCUACAAUUUUUAUGUUAAAAAAAGCGAAUACUGAGAUCAAAGUUUUAGAGAUUGAAGUCAAAAUUUUUAUACUAUUGUUAAAUAUUCUAAUAUUUACCGUUAUAAUACCGUUAUAUGUAAAGAAAAACAAACAUUACAUAUGUAGAAGGUUUUACGAAACACUUCAAUCUUUUUUCUAUGCAUACGGGAAAGAACGAUCGAGCUGCACAAUAUUCACGGAAGUUUAUAAUUAAGCGCUUAUCAUGUCAAAAAUUAUAAGAAUAUUUUAUGAGUGUAAAAUAUGAAUAAAUGUACGACCACAUAAAAUAACAUUAAUGUUCCAAAUAUCAUAUGGAAGUGUUGAACAGAUUCAUCGAAUGAAAUGUUUAAUGAUUACGUCGUGAUGAUAAUAUUUAAGUGGUAUUUAAAACAAAAUAUAAGCAUAUGUGUUUGCACGAAUUGUCGUGUCGAUAUGAUGGGUUGUAAAUGAUAACGCUAUACUUGCUUUAAAAUUGUAGUCCUGUUAAUCCUGUAACUCCAGCCUCCCGUAGGAUGGACAGGCUACGUAGAAGGUUCCUUCCUUCGCAUUGUGCAGUACGAUUACUGUCAAUUAAUAUUUUCUUCUUCAUGUUUUAUGUUAUCUCAUUAUUCUCCUUUCUCAUGUAACAAAGAUUCAUAAAAUAGUAACGGUUUCAUUUGAGUGAUAAAUAUUGUAUUCAAUGAAAAAAAAAAGUACUCGGCUACAAUAAAAAAAAUCAUUUCCAAUGUUGCUUCCAAUUUUAACAAUUACGUAUUCGAAACAUUGAGUACAGGGAAAUUUACAAUAAUAAUUAUCAAUGUCUUUUUUACUUCGAAAUGUUUCUUAUUUUGUAUACGUAUUUAUAUAUUUUUGAUGAACUUCGAAUUAACUCGAUACACUGUGAACAUAAUGUGAAAGUUUGCUUGACCAAAAACGAAAUAAGUUUUCAUUAGCCUUUUUUAGCACAGAUUCAUAUAACAGAUUCUAUAUUUUUAUGCAAAGGGAUAAGUCUAUAUAAAACGAAAUAAUAUAGUUAUAUAAAUCUAUACUAUGUUACUCAAUAUGUAAUACUAUAUGUGUUAUAAUAUAAUAAAUCAUUCUAUGUUCAAAUCAAUUUAAAGCAUAACAAGUGUAUUCAUUCCUUCAAGUUUAUAUUUCUUUAUAUGUACAUCUUACACAUCUAUAAAUAACCUUCCAUAGAUCUAUAA